AUGUUCUCUUUACCCUCUUGGCUCUUGGUUGCCCUCAAAUCACGAAGAAAGUGGAAGACGUUUAUCCGAUGCACCCUUGUGCUCGUCGCCACUCUCGUAUUGCUAGUGGAUGAUGCGACGCUGCAGAGUAUGGGUCAGGCAGGGUUCUUCGCUGCGAUUCUCGCAAUAAUGCUUCCGCCUUCGAUGCCGCUGACACUCUUCAUUCUGGCAAACAUGACGUUAGUCAUUGGUAUGCUAUUGGGGUGGGCGUGCGGCGCAGCUGCUAUGGCAGCUGCUCUCAAAGCACGAAGUCAGACUCUACUUAUCGCACAGCUACAAUCGGCACAGGCGUUGUUGGAUCCAAACAUGCCAGCUGCGCUGCAGUUUGAGCGUUUAAUGUUCAACGGCCACUUUCUCGACACACGUUCAUCGGUCGUCUAUGGCGCUUUCAUCUUCGUCGGUUCCUUCUUUCUUGCGGCAAUCAGAGGCCUCUCUCCUAGUUUGUCGCUGCUGUCCAUAUUUGCUUUGAUCGUUCUCGACGUGAUGUGCUCUUAUGGUCCUCUAUUCUACUCUGCUCAGUACACUAUAGCCAAGCAGUUCCUUAUACCCACCGGGUAUUACCUUGCUAUUGCAAUCGCUUCACUUGUCCUGGUCUUCCCUGAGACACUGAAUCAUGUUUGGUUGUCUCUCCUUCUCCUCGCUGACUCUGUGUUCGCACCAAUCAAAGAAACCCUUGACCUCCUCUCGCAAGCUCUCUCCAGCCGUCCAUCGGAUCGCGCGACAUGGGAGUCUUUCACACAUACGGGCACCAACCUUCGUCAAGUAGUCACGGAGGGCGCACAGGGCCUACUGGGACAGACUGCACUCCUCGACGUCGAGUUUUCCUUGGGUAAACUGGGGCCUGGUGACCUAAAAAAGGUCAGUGGGGAGGUCAAAUCAUUGAUAUUCCAAACCAACGGGUUGCUUUCAUUCCUCACUUUUGUUCAGGAAGGGAACAAAAUGGACGAGAAGGAAGAGGCGGAUUUGGGACGCUCCGCUUCUUCUCAAAAGGAUAAGCGGGAUGGUAUGGCUACGCCUGAUAGGUUGACUUGGCUCCGACGAGAGAUACGCGAACAUGAAACACGGCACGGGCACAGCCUCGAUUCUCUGGUCCCGAUCUUAGAAAGCGUGUCAGAAAUCAAGGUAUUUCAGGAAGGCAGAGUGAAACUCAUAGAGCCAUAUAAACAAUUCUUCGACGUAGAGACUGGCAAACUAAAGGAGACGACAAAGCAUCUACCUACUACAGAGAAGUUCACAUCGAGGUCACUAUUUCUGUGCUUUGUUUUCUGCGAUACCCUCCUCGUAUUCUCUGAUCGUCUCUCUCGAGUCAUGCGCCUGGUCGUUGAUCUAGAUCAGAAACGGUCGAAGGUGAGGAUGUGGGCACCGAGCGGGUUUGGGAAGAUUGGGAGGAAGUUAAUGAGAUCCAAAGGUGAUGAUGUGAAGGGUGUAGUACCCCUAGCCAUGGGCAGCGCAGCGGAUCCGUCGGAAUACGUGGACAGUGAGAACAGUACUAUGAGGGAUGGGGAUGGAGACGAGGAAGCCACACGGUCCAAGCAUGAGGAGAGCCAUAGGGGUGUUGAUCAUCAUCGCCGAAAUCCGGAUGCCCUACCUCCAAGAACUGGGAUGGGUCGAUUCGCUGUUCGUUUGGGUGCAUUCCUCCGCUGGUUCAAAUCUGCCGAGGGGGUUUUCGCUUUGAGGACGGCAAUUGUGACUUUGGCCUUGUGGAUUCCGGCAGUUGUACCAUCCAGCGCUGGGUUCAACUACGAGCACAAGGGACUGUGGGCGUUGGUCAUGGCGCAGAUGUCGUUGGCAGUAUACGCAGGCGAGCAGAUUGCAGGCAUUGCGCUUAGAACGGUGGGCACGGUGCUUGGGCUAUUAUUGGGAAUGGCAGUGUGGUAUAUCGGGGCAGGAUCGGGGCUCGGUAAUCCUUACGGUGUCGUUAUCUCCACGACGGUCUUCGUUGCACCGUUCCUUUACAUACGCGUUGUAGGGCCAAUGCAAGAUGCGAUGUUAUGGAUCCUCGCUGGCGUUACAAUUAUUUUUGUGGUCGGAUAUAGCUGGAUAGACUCGCAUCUUGAGAUGCUCACGAGCUCUGGGGUAGGCGUGGAAGUAGGUUGGCGUAGAGCACUCCUGGUUAUUAUCGGGUUCGUAGCUGCCUUCGUUGUCAUGUUGUUCCCUCAACCUACAUCUGCGCGGACACUUGUUCGGAAAACGGUCGCCUCAUCGCUGGAGCAGCUCGGUCGUGUUUUUGCAUCCGAAGUCGACGCAAUUCUCGCUGAGGAAGCCAAAGGGCGCAAAGGGAUAGUGGAAAGGCCAGAUAUGGGUGAUCAGCUGGAGGGCGUAGAAGUAUCGCCAAAGGAGAAGAGGGUGAGGAUAUUGGCAGAGAGGAUGUUGACCAUCGCGACGCGGCUGCAAACACUCACGCCAUCCCUGGACACUGGCAAAUGGGAGCCUCAGUUGCAAGGGUCGUGGCCCCAGCAUCAUUACCAGGCCUUGCAUACACUCGAGACCCGGUUACUCUCUUGUCUCGGACUUCUGGCUGGUUCAUUCGUUAGACUGGACACCAAUUGGUGUUACAUCCUAGUUCAUAAAACUCCUUUCCUGAACCCGCACCUUCUUGCUGAUAUAUUUUCGACUAUCUCUGUCCUUUCACACGCCUUAUCGGCGGGAUAUCCAUCGUCGUUUCUCAAACCGCAGAAGUGUAGCGAAAAGAAGGGACUACUUGACAAUGGUUAUUCAUCGACAACCGAACUCGACCCGAGCCCAAAUAAAGUUGACGGUGUGACUAUUGGAUUUGAAGAGUUGACUUUGGAUGUAUUGAUUGAUGACCAGCUACCCGCACACUCAACUGCUGUCCUGGCAAUUUCCUCAAUUCUGGCGAUCAUCGACGAGAUCGCUGAUAUAAUUCGUAUCCUGUGCGGCGAGACCUCUUUUGAAGGAAUAGGUGCUCUUCACCAAGAAUAUUUGAAUGGAGAGGAAGCCAUGUUAUACCAUGCAUGA